GUGGAAACAUUUUUGUGACUUUUGUUUGUGUUGUGCGAAAUGAUGGGUCAUAGGUCUGUGGUUGUGCAUUACGAUAUUUAAUUUGUGGUAUGAAAUCCAAUGUUAUUUUACUUAAUUUCUAAGCGUAAAAUACUGAAUGAUGCAUAUGUGCCGAACCUGCCUCAAAACUCCUGCUGAGAAACAUAUUCUGGAGCUCGAAAAGGCCAUAAAAGAUGGCAACAAGAACUCCUUCCACAUUAUGCUGUUUUGUUUAGAUAUACAGAUCACAGAAGACUCUAAAGUAACAACGAAUUUAUGUAAUCACUGCUACCGAAAAAUAAUUUCGUUUUACAAGUUUAAAGCUCUAUCCUUAAAAAACGAUGCAUAUUUAAAAUCUCUGGAGCCAGCUGUACAAUUAGCAGACCUAAAAUCUGUGUAUGUGGAUGAUAAUGGAAUAAAACAUGAAAAUUUCAUAGAUCCUGAUGAUUUUGGUCCCUGUCUCAUAGAAGAUAAUGAAUUUAAAAUAGAAGCACAUAUUAAGGAAGAAGAGUCAUUAGGAGAUGUAGAAGUUGAUAUUAAGAUUGAAGACACAUCUCAUAAUGUAAAGUCAGAUGAAGAGCUGUCGAGUGUGGUAAAGAAGGUUAAAUAUGAAAAUGUUAAAAAUGAUCUUAAAGAAAAUGCUCCUGUGCACAAAAGAUGUAGGCGUCCCAAAAAAAUCAAUUACUGAAAAUUGGAAAGAUAAAAGAAGAGCAUCAGGUCUGUGAGGAGUGUGGCAAGUCUGUCCGUAACCUCAAGGCUCAUGCGCUCAUUCACAAGAGAAAGGGUGAGAGGCAGAUGAUCCAGUGUGAGCUUUGCCCGAAGCUCUUCAAUACCCACUCAGGUCGAAUCAGACAUUACCGGACCAUCCAUUUAGGUUUACCAGAUGUGAGAAAAUCUGUAUGUGACAUUUGUAAUAAAGAGUUUGCAGAUCUGAAGACACAUGUAAAGAUAAAGCACAAUCAGGAAAGUUUACCUUAUGGCUGUGUCUCAUGUGAGCGCCGGUAUUUGUGCCGCUCGGCUCUCGAGAAACACAUGGCCAAGCAUGUUGGAGUGUCUGAGCUCCCAUAUGAGUGUGAUAUAUGUAAAAGAAGGUUCCGCUUUAAGAAUAUUGUCUCAAAACACAUACGCAAGUACCAUUUAAACGAAAAGAAUUAUCAAUGUGAAAUGUGUUCCAAAACUUUUUUCGACAAACAACCAUUUAUUGAUCAUAUGGACUCGCACUCCACUGACCGGAAGUACAAGUGCAAGGAGUGCGGCCUGGCUCUCAAGACGCAGUUGACGCUUCGGAAACACAUGCACGUGGUCCACAGCGGCGUCAAGAAGUACGCCUGUACAGUGUGCAACAAGACCUUCAAGAUAUCAUGGAGCCUAAAAGUGCACAUGCGAACACACACGAAGGAGAGGCCGUAUCCGUGCCGAUUCUGCGCGAUGCGCUUCGCGCGCUCGCACCACCUCAUGCGUCACGAACGCACCAUACACAAGUGUAUGAAAGCCGAGUGAAUUGAGGACAUUUGUGAGAGGAAAUAUCUUUGGAUACUGAAAUUCUGCCUAGGCAAAGGAGCGUAACUCAUGAUCAGCCAAACGCAAGUUCUUUCGAUGAUAAAAUCAACGAACAUCGCGCAGUCAUAAGGCAUAGGUAAGGUUCAACUACGGUUUCGUUGUUCUUAAUACUUGUUCAUUCUUUUUUUAAAUUUGUUAAUCGAUUAAAAUAUGUCUGAAUAUUAUAAAAUUAACUGCAUUGACGCAACACAAAAGUGAGAUUGGCGUGAAAGUGUCAUUUUAAUUAUAAGUGUUAUUUAAAUACAUGGUAAACAAGAGUGAAUGAAAAAUAAACAUGUUGUUUUCA